GAGACGUUUAAGACGUUGCUUCUAAGCCUGUGUAUUUCUGAUCUAGGUGUAGGUUUUCUUAUCCAGCCACUUUAUGUUGCAUAUCUUACGAUAGAAAUAACUAAAAACAGUAAAAACACAGACAACAUUAUUGCUUAUUGGGCUGGUGUUAAAGCAUAUGCCAUCCCUCACAGUUUAUUUGUUUUUGCCUCAUUUUGUGGUGUUUUCGCGAUAACUGUUGACAGAUUCUUGGCCAUUCAUCUUCACAAUCUCAGAUACCGGAAACUUCAAUGUGACUCACAAACGGGUUGUUGCUGUAGUGAUCUCAUUCUGGGUGUUCAGUGUAAUUGCUUGCUUCUGGUAUGA